CCGUGCGCUCUCCUCGGCCGCACGAUGGCGCGCUUUCCAAUGACCGACGAGGAUGAACAGGAGACCUGCUCUGUGGGGGGAUCUUGAAGCCGUGCUGGGGCUAUGUGUGGGUUUUUUUGCGCUGCUUUUUGGCUGAGGUUUGGAGGCACUGAACGCGGCUCCACAUUCAGUGUCCGUGCGUUCUCGUCCCGCACGGAGCAGGACUCUGCUGUAGAAAGCCUGCCUUCUCCAGAAUAUGCCUUGUCUCCAUGGCAACAGGCCUCAGGCAGACCCAAAAAAACACUGGGCCAAACUCGUCCGCCCUUUUCCAGCCUACCUGAUCCUGCAAGAGGAUUUUAACCAGAAUUCCCACAUUUAAUGAUUCUCUGUAAAUUUGUAAAAUUCUCUAUUAAUCCUUGUAGUUAUUUUACCAAUUAGAGUACAUUCCCAAGACCCAUAAUGCCUAAAAUAGUGCCUGAAAUGUGAGUUGUCAUUUUAGAAGGAAGGAGGAAUUACUUUCUACUCUUUUGGGAAGCGGACACCUCUUUGGUCCCCUAAAACCAAAAGGAAAACAGUCAUGUCAGGGAUUCGUUCUCCACUAAGGGAUCCUAAACUGGACAGCACCAGUCCCAAACUGGUUUGAAAGGAGUUCUUAACCAGGACCAGGAUGCACCAGCUGUUCAGCCAGGUGCUGGGGCAGAGGGAUCUGUCCAGAGCGGGGGAUCUGUUUUCUCUUGAGGACGCAGAAAUCGAAGACUGUCUCUCUCAGGCUUUGGACCAGAUCAAGGUCAUCUCCUGCUCACCGGACUAUUUGACCAAUGACAAUGACCAGGCUGUGGUGGAGAUUUGCAUAACGCGCGUCACCACGGCCAUAAGGGAGACGGGCUCCAUCGAGCAUCACAGCACGGCGUUGGUGGGGCUCUGGGAGUCGUGUCUGGAACACAACCUUACCCCGCAAGGUGAAAACACAGAGGACACACCACAUGCCAAGAUAGCCUCUGACAUCACCAGCUGUAUCCUACAGAACUACAGUUGCCCAUCGGUCAUGGUGCUGGCCGUCCCAGUCGCGGUGCGGUUCCUGCAGAGAGGGAACAGGGAGCUGAGCAGGAACAUGUCCAGUUAUCUCUCUCUGGCUGCUAUAGCCAAGGCUGACCUGCUGGCUGAGCACACAGAGGCCAUAACACUAAGCGUGCUGGGAGGUAACCAUAUGCUGCUACGGGUGUUGCCCUCCGUCUACCCUAGACAACCAGAUACCAUCCACCGUCACCUAGGCAACCUCACUGCAAUGAUGUCACAGCUGGAGACCUCAGAACAACAACACCUGAUCAGACUCAUUCAAAUGGUUGCAGAGAAACACCCACUUAUGCUGAGCCCUCAGGUGCCCACAUUAGUCAGUUACCUUGGAGACCAAAAUCUAACCGAGACCCUACUGGGCGCGCUCGUGGACGUGUCACAGGCCAGCCCUUCCUCACUGGUCAGCUUUCUGCCAGCACUGAGGAGUGUGGGACAGCAGUGUCCAGUUCUCCUGGGUCAUGUUGCCAAAAUCCAUGGUGCCGUGGGAAUAAUCAAUGAGACUCAUGCUCACAGCUCAUUGGUCUAUCUGGUGUCCCUUCUGGGCAGCAUGGAGCACAGCUUUCACCACACGCUGCUGCUGGAGAUCAGAGCUCUGACUGACCGUUACCCGUCCUUACUGGGAGGCUGCGGCAAAGACAUCUACAGGAUGAGCAACUCGUUCACCUCUAUAGCCAGACUACUGGGGAGAAGACUGGAGGAGAAUACGGCUACGACUCACUGCAGAGUGGACAAGGCAUGCCCGCCGUCUCCCUGUGCCGCUCUCCCAGGAGGGGGGGGUGGAGGCUCAGAGCAGCGGCUGCAGGUGAAGAUCGAGGCCUUUGAUGAGAAAAUGGUGGAGGAGGCGGGAGAGGAGGAGGUGGAGGAAGACUCUCCUGCCCCCCAGCGACGCUACAGCCUGAGCCAAGCCGUCAGGGAGGAGAGGCGAGAGAUGAGAUUCAACAGGUCAAAGAGCCUGGCCCUCCAUGCUGUGCGCUCACGCUCCAUCAACUCAGACACUGGGGACGACGGUGAGGGGUUGGAGCAAAUCCCAGACAACAUCUUCUCCAGCAUGUUGGUGAAGUCGCACUCAGAAAACCAGGAAGCACUACAUAAUGACAGGAAGCUGACGGGCGACGACUCCCGGCCCGUCACAGCUGCCCUGGGCAGAGAGGUCAAAGAGGCUGAGAGAGGACAAAACAGGGAGAAGGAUGGAGAGGAGGAGGAGCAGGGGGAAGCCGAUAGACUCUUCAUCCAUUUGAGAGAGAACAUGGAGACGAUCAGAGAGUUCUGCAAAGACAUGGUGCAGCAGAUCCCCACACCGGAGCAGUGUGUGAUAGAAGAUUCAAAUCGAGGAUGUGUGGCCAAGCUCUCGUUCUCCUGUCCUUUAAAGGGCCACUACUGUCUGUACGCCAAGUCUUGUUUCAGUCUGACCAGCCGACAGCCUCAUCUUUGGAUACACAUCAUGCUGCUACAUCUGCAGAGUAAGUCCAGUGCCCCUCUAUCCUCCAAGGACGAAUGUGUCCAGAAACUUGCUUCUCUGUGGGAGAAGACGCAGCUAAAAGGAGCUCACAGCUUCCCCAUGGCCAUGACACAACAACCUACCCCACACAGGAAGGACCUGGACAGUCUCCAGAUUCAGCUGGAGGAGGUGCGUUUCUUUGACCUGUUUGGCUACAGUGAGGAAGAGGGAAGCUGGCUCUGUUUCAUGUGUAACAACCCUGAGAAAGCCACAGUCGUGAACCAAGAGGGACAGCCUUUAAUCGAGGGGAAGCUGAAGGAGAAGCAGGUCCGCUGGAAGUUCAUCAAGCGCUGGAAAACCCGCUACUUCACUUUGGCAGGAAACCAGCUCCUCUUCCGGAGAGGCAAAUCGAAGGAUGAGCUGGAUGACAUCCCUAUUGAGCUGAGCAAGGUGCAAAGUGUCAAGGUGGUAGCCAAGAAGCGACGCGAUCGCGGCCUUCCGCGGGCCUUUGAGAUCUUCACGGACAGCAAGACGUACGUGCUGAAAGCUCAGGAUGAGAAACACGCUGAGGAGUGGCUGCAGUGCAUCAAUGUGGCUGUGGCCCAGGCCAGAGAGAGGGAGAACAGAGAGGCUACCACCUACCUGUGAGAGCAGCACAAACUGAUGAGGACAUGCGCUGUACCAUUGGCAGUGCAUGCUAUGCACACAUGUAAACUCAUACAUGCACAGACAACCAUGUUUAGUUGAA